AUGCGGCUGUGUCUCAUCGUCCUGAUCUUCCUCGCGAGCACGGCACUCGCGAGGUACCACGAAAAGACGCGUUUCGAUCGAUCUGUAUACGAGUAUGAGAUGAAAAACAUAGAUUACAAUAAUGAAGAGAAACAAUGGUCUUUUAAUGAUGAUGUAACGCAAUUCGUUGCAUACAAAAGCAAGAAGGAAAACGAUUGUUAUCUUGAAGAUGUAAGACAGAGUCAUAAUAUUAUUUCACAUAAGAAGCGACAAUUCAAGAUACUCUAUGCAUCGGCAGUCCUCACGAAACUAGAGGCGUGGCGACUUGCUGGAGGUCGAAUCGUUGAUUUCUGCAAUAGACGCAAUAUCUUUUUGUUACAAACAAUCAGAUCUGUGCCUGGGCAAGCUCUCGAUCCCUUUUUCAAUGAAAUUUCUACAGACAAAAACGAUAUUUCAUCCAAACGCAUAACUGAUAUGGUUUUAAUACCGUUGAAAGUUCGGACAAAACGACAGAUUCAACUCGAGCAACAAGAGAAGUUGAACAAAAAUAUCAACCAAAUUCGAAAACGUCGGCAGACGAAUCAGUUUCGAGGAAAAUUUCGUGGACAGACGCAAUCUCAAUAUUUGAAUUUUGGUAACGAUGAAAAAAAAGAGGGCAAGGCCGAAGCUGAAGCUACUCAGCAAUCUUCACACGCAGUAGUUAGUGGUAGUCGUGGAAUGGGUCAAGCGCAAAGUAUGUCAUCAGGUGGCACCGGUUGCGAAGAUUGUCCUGGUUAUCCUGGAUAUCUUGGAUAUUCUGGUAUCGAAAGGGCACCAGAUAAAGUACGAGUUCCACCUACGCGUACUAACGGAUAUGUGCAAGUUCCAGGUGUUGUUACACCUGGUGUUACACAGCCAGGAAUCGUUCCUGGAGUCCCAUCUUAUUCUGGCGGGCAGAUAACAUAUCCAACUGGAGUAAUUCCUGGAGGAAUUAGCACUUAUCCUGGUAUUCGCCCUGGCAGACCAGAAAUGUAUCCCGAAGGUGUUCGUCCUGGCACUGUCAUAUCAGGAGCUGAAAGAACGUAUCCUGGAGGCGUUCGUCCUGGAACAGUGACACCAGGAACUGAAGAGAUAUAUCCUGGAGGUGCUCGUCCUGGAACAGUGACACCAGGAAUUGAAGAGAUAUAUCCUGGAGGUGUUCGUCCUGGUACAGUGAUACCUGGAGCUGAAAGGACAUAUCCUGGAGGUGUCCGUCCUGAUAUUGUGUUACCAGGAGUUGAGAAGUCGUAUCCUGUAGAUAUUCGUCCGGGUACCGUGACACCAGGAGCUGAUGGGAUGUAUCCUGAAAGUGUUCGUCCUGGGAGUGUAACACCAGAAGUUGAUAGGACAUAUCCUGGUGAUGUUCAGCCACCUGGAACUAUGAUACCAGGAAGUGAUAGAACAUAUCCACCUGGAACUUUAAUCACAGGAGAUCGUGGACUAUAUUCUGGAGUCCAGCGUGGAGGAGUUUUACCUGGUGUGACGAUAGGAGUUGAAAAAUAUCCAGGAGGUAUUCAACCUGGAGUUCAACCAGGACAAAGUGUGUAUCCUAGUGGUAUUGUAACCACUUCAGUAACAACAGGUGCCACUGCUGUUACUUAUCCAAUUAGAAUAAUUCCUGGUACAGGAAUAAUUCCUGGCACAAGAGUUCCUGGUACUGGAGUUCUUGGUACUGGAAUCUAUCCUGGUGGUGUUCGACCUGAUGCUAUCCCAGGAACAAGUGUCGGGACAUAUCCUGGUGUUGUACCAGGAACAGUAACUCAAGGAGUUUAUCCUGGACAACAGACUGUUGUGUAUCGCCCUGAAGGUGUUCCAUCAGGCACUUUACCAAGCGAAGGUCAAGUUCCUAGUACGAUUACGACUACAACAUCUGGUACUGGUACACAAGUAAUAACUUAUCCAGAUGGUCGACCAACAAAUGGUCAAACGAUUUACCCUGGUGAUACUAUUCAACCUGGAAGGAUUCCUGAAGGUACUCAAGUUGUGUAUCCAGGAACUAUUCCAAGUGUUACAUAUCCAGGAACUAUUCCAGGUAUAUAUCCUGGCGGUGAACAACAAAUUCCUUCUGCCGGUGCUUUAUAUCCUGGCCAAGUAAUCCAUCCAGGUGGUCAAGUGCCAACUUAUCCAAGCGGACAAUACCCAGGCACGGGUAUUGGAAUUCCAGGAAAGCAAAGAGUUCAAUAUCCAACUUAUCCAAGUGGACAGUACCUAGGCACGGGUAUUGGAAUUCCAGGAAAGGAAGGAGUUCAGUAUCCAGACAUAACGGGAGGUCAAAUACCUGGAAGGACUGGUGUGACUGAGCAUCAGUAUCCAGGAGAAUUUUAUCCGGGAAUGAUUGGAUCUGCAGGUAUAGAAGAAACUGGGGGCUUAACUAAACCGGCAGGUCCAGCAGGUGUGACAGACGACGGUACCGAAUCACAGGCAUCGAGUUCCGUGCAACAAAUGGAUUCGGGUACUCAAGCGAGCGCUUCGGCUCAGGGUAAAUACGAAUCGGGUACAGCUCAGUCGCAAGUGACAGGUACCUAUAGCGGUUCAGGCACUUUCUCUGCCCAAGCUGGUACUAGCGACGCUAAUAAGAGCGCUCAGGCUGAAAUCAAUGGCGGUAAAGAAGGAGCUACUAGUAAUGCGCAAGGCGUCGCCGGUUAUGGAAAAAGUCAAACACAGGUUCAAUUAGAUUCCGACUCCGGAGCUACCUCGACAGGUGCUCAGAGCAGUGGAUGGAAUCAUGGUACCAAUUCGCAAGUGCAAGCAAGCUCCAAAGGCGGAAUGGCGGAUGCUCAAGCUAACGGCGAGGGCAAUACUUCCAGUCAGGCGCAGAUCGGGUUUCAGCCAUACUUGAAGGGCGAAGAUGAGAAUGUGGAAAAUCACGAGACACCAUUUCGCGGUAGCGGAACAGCAUCGGCUCAAAGUGGCACUCAUCGAGGUCAGACCCAAUCACAGCUACAAGGUUCUUUUCAAUACGGGAUCACAUACACCGGCGCAGCACAAGCCGGUUCUGGAUCUGGUGCCGCAUCCUCGAGGAAGCCCUUUAACUUCACUGAUUCUGAACUUUUCAAGUCCUUCAAACCAGCUCCUUCUUUGAAGCAAACAACGAAUAUUGACGGUGCACAGUCGACAAAUUCGAAUUACGAUAAUAGACAGGAUAAAAACAAGCAAAAUCGCGAGCAAGGUUUGCAAAGCAGCUCGACUUUGAGACAGACCGUUAUCCUGGCUUCGAAAAACAAUCCGGAUGACACUGACAAGAAGAUGCUCUCUACCGAAAAACCGCGAACGGAUGACACAGCAUACGACGAAUACGACGAUGACUACACUGACGAAGAUGAUUAUCCUACAGGUUCGAAGUUAACAAUCAAAGAGAAGUUUUCGGAAACUUUCCCGGGCUCGAACCCGAAUCAUCAAAAACUUGACAAGACUAUUCAGCAGCAAAGUCGUAGUCAAACGCAGACAAUACAGGUCGCUAAAGGGAAUCAAUAUAAUAUCCAUGUUAAACAAGAUUCAAAUGUACCACGAACGGAUAGUAUUUUGCAACCAGGACAAUCCAUAUCAGGAUACACUAUCCCAUCUGGAUUCCGCGGCCGAGUAAUGUCGGCCUCUGGCACCGAGACUGUUGCUCAGGGUGACGGUAAAUCUCAAUCGCAGACUGUAUCUUUAGUACCUAAGGACUUAAAUAAUACUAGAUCAUCGCUCGUCACAGAGACCAGAUCGCUUCAGACCAAUCACAAUCGUUACAUUGGCCGGCAUAUAUCGAAAAACCAAGAGCCUUCCCUUAAUCAAAAUAUAUCUUUCGACAAGCGUACGAAACCUACCCCGGCAGUAGCGGCGAAACCGAGUUACUAUACCGUGACCAACAGUUUUGCCGGCAAAAUGAACGGCAGUAACGAACCGAGAAAAUACGAACAUCGAUAUUAUACUAAGAGUUCCACCUGUGGAUACUUCACAUUUUCUUGUAAUGUCGUGUACGGUUCCAACGGUAGGACGAAGAUCUGCAAGCCAAAAGUGCCGACGCAUCCCGAUGGCACGCCUAUAAGAUGUUAA